AUGAAGUUUGGUGGACAGAGUUUGGUUUUAACAUCAAUGAAACGAGGGAUUGAACGACACGUGGGCAAGUUCUACACGCGCAAAAUCGCGGCGAAAAACAUCAAGGUCGAGCGGCGGCAGUCCUCCAACGACGGCGAGGCCAUCCAGCGCUUUUUCGAGCAGCAGCAGCAGGUUCUUCUGGCGCAGACGAAAAUCAUUGCUCUGGACGGAGGCGCAGUGACCGUGCCCGAGGAGGAGCUCUAUCGCAUGGUGGAGACAUUCUGUCGGCAUGGCAAGGGCGCGCAAUGCUGGCAGUCGCUGUUCAAGGAGUGUAUCGAGCCGCUGACGACAAAGUGUUUGGAGAACAUUGAAGCCAUCAGCCAGGCCGGGCUCAAAUCGAUCACCGCAGCUUUUCUGGACGAGUACGACAUGUGGAGAAGCCGCAUUCUCAAGCUGCAACUCAUCUAUUUCUACCUGGACCGCAGUUUCCUGCUUCAGAGUGGCAAUGGGGGGAGCGACAUUCUCCGGAGAUGUCAGGAUCUCGUCCGAGACAGGAUUUACGCAGUCAUUAGCCAGCGGGUGGAGACAGAUUUCGCUUCUAUCUUCGCCAAUCUGGUUCGUGGAGCUUCUGAUUCGGCAUUGCUGCUUCAGCAGUGCGAGAAUGUGGUUCGAGAGCUCUGUGGAGAGUCCAGUGAGCAAUAUCAGCGCAUUAUCAAAACGGUGGCGGUGCAGAGUCGGCUCUACUUCAAGUUGCAGGCUGAAAAGUGGCAGAUUAUGAGCCCCGUUCAAUAUCUUCAGCUGGUGGUUGAUACCCAAGUCACAGAGCAUAGACGCAUUCAGGAGCUGAUAAAGGACUCAUCUCGGGUUGAAAUGAUCAUGUCUGCCCUUCCCGAAGAGAUGAUCGUUCCGCAUGUCCAGUUCAUUCGCAGAGGAGUGACUGAGUCGUUUGAAGAUGAACUCAUGUUCCCUUACAUUCGUCAGCUGUCGUUGUUGUCGUUCGAGGGCUCUGAGCAGCAGCUCAGAAUCGGUGACAUCUUUCGCCAAUGGAUCGAAACUGUCCUGGGACCCACUUUUACAAAUAUCGACAUUGUCGUGCAGUCGUACCACAAAAGUAGUCGAGUCACUGAGGCACUGGCAGACGCAGAUCUCAUCAACAAGGCACCGGACUGGGUGGCAGGGUUCAGAAACAGCAUGAGGGGUAAGAGAAACCUAUCUGAACAGCUGGCCAAAUUCUCCGACUCGCUACUACGAAAAGGAGCUAAAGGAGGAGACAGCUUGAAGAAUACGGCUGAUGUUAAAACACUCACAUUUCUGCUCUCGUGCAUCCCCGAGAAGGACGUGUUUGAAGUCUACUACAAGCGAUACCUCAGUAAACGUCUGCUGGUGGGUCGAGCACUUGGUCUAGAAAGUGAAAGCGAACUGUUGACCAUUCUACGAGACGAGUUUGGACCUGAGUUGACAGAAUCCAUGGAAACAAUGCUCAAGGAUGUGCGAACCAACUCGCCCGCUACCAUGGCGCAAUAUCGCGACUCUGAGAUAUACACAAAGUACGGCAACUUCGACCUGAAUGUCAACAUGUUGAGUCAAAACGCAUGGCCGCAAUUUCCGGCUUCCACAUCACCCAUCCGGCUACCGUCGCAAAUGUACUCGCAGCUAGACAACUUUUCCAAGUUUCUCAGCCAAGAUCCCAAGAACACAAAGAAGAAAGUUACCUGGCAACACGCUCUGUCCUCGUGUACAAUCAGAGCACAUCUCAACGAAGACACCAAGGAGUUUGACGUGUCUCUGCAUCAGGCGCUAGUGAUGAUGCAGUUUGUGGAUGAGAAGAAAAGACCGCACAUGACCUUCGCGGACCUCCUGGCUGCUACAGGUAUUUCUGAGAGAGAGUUGACCAUGUCUCUACACUCCCUCAUGACGCCGAAGGUGAAGAUUCUCAUCAAAGAAGAAGGGGAUGAGACACGGUACAAGUUUAACUGGAAUUUUAGCUCGAAACUACGACGAGUAAAGGUGCCUUCCGUCGCCAGAGGAGCAGACGAUAUCAUGUUACCCCAUAAAGCCAUUCAGGACACUUUGGAGAGAGAUAGGAACAUGGAGAUCCAGGCUGUCAUUAUCCGAAUCAUGAAAGCCAGGCGGACUGUGGGACAUGCAGAACUCGUGAUGGAGGUGUUGGAUAAAACGAAAUCACGAGGCAUUCUAGAGGUGGCGGACGUGAAAAAGAAUAUCAGUAAACUCAUUACUGACGACUUCAUUUCCCGCCAAGGACGAGAUGUUUACGAUUAUGUAGCGUAA